CGUGCAUACAAGGACCUCUUCCUCUUGCCGCCCUUCACCAUUUUCGAGGGAUUGUGGCUGCAACUUAAUCUCUCAAUCAGAACCUCAACACACUAUGUUCUGACAGCUCUCAAACAAUCUUAACCAGAUAAUCUCAAGGUUUAGUUGAAGAGUUAUUGUACAAGACUGAAACGUGUCUGAUCCCUUCCCAUUCCACAGAAAUUUGGGUGAAUUGUGAUAUUCAAGACGGGAUAUGGCUAGCCUACAGGAUAUUGGUGUUUCUGCUGGAAUAAAUAGUCUUACGGCGUUUAUAUUUCUUAUGGUGUUUGCGGUUUUAAGACUUCAACCGGUGAACGAUCGGAUUUACUUUCCAAAAUGGUACUUGAAAGGUAUAAGAGCCAGCCCAGUAAGUUCAGGGUCAUUGAAGAAAAUCGUCAACUUGGAUCCAAAAAUGUACCUCAGGUUCUGGAACUGGAUGCCUGCUGCUUUAAGAAUGCCUGAACCAGAGCUUAUAGAUCAUGCAGGACUUGAUUCUGCUGUAUAUAUUCGGAUUUACCUUCUUGGUUUAAAGAUCUUUGUUCCCAUUACUGCACUUGCUUUUGUGGUAUUGGUGCCUGUGAAUUGGACUAACAACACUCUGGAGGAACUCAAAGAUGUGACGUUUAGUGAUCUUGACAAGCUUUCAAUAUCUAAUAUUCCAGAUGGAUCCUCGAGGUUUUGGGUUCAUAUAGGAAUGAUAUAUAUCUUCUCUUUCUGGACAAUGUAUAAGCUUUACCAGGAAUACAAAAUCAUAGCUACUAUGAGGUUGCAUUUUCUAGCUUCUGAAAGUCGCCGUCCAGAUCAGUAUACGGUCCUUGUGAAAAAUGUCCCUGCGGACCCUGAUGAAUCAGUUAGUGCGCAUGUUGAUCACUUCUUUGUCGUUAAUCAUCCUGAUCAUUACCUUACUCACCAGGUAGUUUACAAUGCAAACCGUCUCGCUACUUUGGUGGAAAAUAAGAAGAGUUUGCAUAAUUGGCUUACUUAUUACCAAAACAGAUAUGAGAGAAAUCCUUUAGAAAAGCCAACUAUUAAGACAGGUUUUUGGGGUCUUUGGGGACAGAGAGUGGAUGCAAUUAGCUACUAUGCAACUGAAAUAUCUAAGCUGAGUGAAGAAGAAGAUGCAGAAAGAGAAAAGGUUAUGAGUGACCCUAAAGCAAUAGUUCCUGCCGCAUUUGUCUCAUUUAAGUCGCGAUGGGGAGCUGCUGUUUGCGCUCAAACCCAGCAAACAAGUAAUCCUACCGUUUGGUUGACUGAAUGGGCUCCUGAACCACGAGAUGUUUAUUGGAGAAAUUUAGCCAUACCAUAUGUUGAACUCAAUGUUCGAAGGUUGCUCAUGGCUGUUGCUCUUUUUUUCCUUGUAUUUUUCUUUAUGAUACCUAUAACAAUCGUUCAGUCAAUAGCCAACCUUGAGGGAAUUGAGAAGGUCCUUCCUUUCUUGAAGCCAGUAAUAGAAGCAAAAAUCAUCAAGUCAUUCAUUCAAGGGUUUCUUCCCGGAAUUGCACUCAAGAUAUUCCUCAUUCUUCUUCCAACACUACUUAUGAUUAUGUCUAAAAUAGAAGGCUUCGCGUCUCUUUCAUCUUUGGAGAGAAGAUCAGCUUCCAAAUAUCAUAAGUUUAUACUAGUUAAUGUGUUUCUUGGAAGCAUUGUUGCAGGAACUGCAUUACAGCAAAUUCAUGAGUUUCUGAAUCAGUCUGCAACAGAGAUACCAAAAAUUGUUGGUGUGUCCAUACCGAUGAAAGCUACUUUCUUUAUUUCCUAUAUAAUGGUUGAUGGUUGGGCUGGAAUUGCUGGGGAGAUCCUCAGAUUGGUUCCAUUUGUUAUGUUCCACAUAAAGAACACGUUUCUUGUGAAGACAGAAAAGGACAGGGAAGAAGCAAUGGAUCCUGGUUCAUUGACUUUUGCUAUAUCAGAACCUCGCAUCCAGUUAUAUUUUCUGCUGGGACUUGUUUAUGCACCAGUCUCUCCUAUACUUCUUCCGUUCAUUGUUGUCUUCUUUGCCUUCGCCUAUUUGGUUUUCCGCCAUCAGGUUAUCAAUGUAUACGAUCAGAAGUACGAGAGUGGGGCCUCCUUUUGGCCAGAUGUGCAUAGUCGUAUAAUGAUUGGCUUGGUUAUAUCACAACUUCUGCUCUUGGGAUUAUUAAGCACAAAAGAGGCAGGCAAAACAACGCCUUUUUUGAUAGUACUCCCUCUUUUAACAAUCUGGUUCCAUCUAUUCUGCAAGGGGCGCUUUGAAUCUGCAUUUGUGAAAUUUCCAUUACAGGAUGCAAUGAUCAAGGAUACAUUAGAGAAGGCCAGGGAACCAGACCUAAACUUGAAAGCUUUCUUGGAAGAUGCAUAUAUUCACCCGAUCUUCAAGGGCGGUGUGUAUGAAAAACCAAUUAUGGACGAAGAGAGCUACCCGAUUAUAGUUGCAACCAAGAGAAAUUCACGAGUGGGUAGUAAGGUUGGUUCGAGUGAAGACAGCCCUCAAGCAUUCCUUGGAUGAUGAUUUACAAUUACAAAUAAUUCUUUAUUCACCUUGUAUCAUAACAUUGUAGUAAAUUUAGAUUUUUUUGUACAAAUAUUGUAAUGUGAAUAUUAGGAAUUAGAAUACAGCUAAAAUCAACAAUCUUGUUCUGUAAUCAUCUUGACAA